AAACAAGCAACGUGCAUUCUUGUGUGGCCAAUACCCUCCCAGUGCUCCCACACACUGAAACAUCGUACUGUCCAUCUCAUCCACCAGCGCAUUGACGCCUGCCGAUGGCUGGACCUGGAAAGAGAGCCAUGCCUAGUAACAAACCCGUUCAGUGCGCUAAGAAGAGGAAGGGAGGUGCCCCAUGGCAAAAACAACAGGGCAACAAGGCGGGCAUCGAGGGCGGUGAUUGGGGAGUCUUUGUGACAUGCGAUUUGGGCAAGGAGAGCAAAUGUAUGGCCGAGGUGGUGGAUCUUUUCUCCCAGAGUGUGGAAUCAACCAGCAGCGACGAUCAUGAAGACAAGUCCGACUCCGAUGACGAUGACAUCGAGGCUCAAAUCAGAAAGGAGGUCGAGGGACUAAAGCCCAGCGCGAGCAAGUCCCGUCCGUUCCAUGCCAUCAGGAUGGACCUGCCAUGUUUGUCAUUUGUACGAUUCGACAAGUCCAUCGACCCAGAGAAAAUGGUACAUCAGCUUUGCACUGAAGCCUAUGCCAACCCGGAAAAGAAACGGUCCAGAUGGAUCCAGCGCAUGACUCCUGCAGUUUCUGUUCGCAAAACUCUCAGUGUCGACCUCGAGGCCUUUGCGCGAGAAAUUCUCAAACCUCAUUUUCAUUCUGGGGGACCCCCUAAGAAGUACGCCAUCCGACCUGUGGUGAGAAGCAACAAGAAGUUCAACCGGGACGUCGUCAUUAAAACCGUUGCGGACGUCGUGGGACCCGAACACCCCGUUGAUCUUACGAAUUAUGACUUAAUUAUCCUUGUCACAGUGGUCCAGAACGUAAUUGGCAUGAGCGUUGCCGGGAGCGACUAUGAUCGGUUAAAGAGGUAUAACCUGGCCGAGUUGUACGAUCCCGCACCAAAAGCUGAGCCCACCGAAUCCCAGGCCUAAGGUUUAGGAUUAAUCCAACAUCCAGAAAUUUUCUUGGAUCAUGGAUGGCCUGUGGCUGCGCCUCUCAGCCGAUGAUAGCAAAAAGCAAGAAAAAUGUAUAUACAGAGUUCGUGGUAUCCUUACUAACCGACUACAUUUCCUUCGAUGAAAUCGUCGAUGAGCCACAUAAUGUAUAGUGCAUGCCCAUGGUGCGCAGGCUGUAAUCAAGAUAUAGGGAGGGUCCAGGAGGUGAGGGCCGGGAUCCCCCAUCUCCCCGCCGCAGGGACGGUCCGCCUGGGAAAUAGCCUGAUUCAA